AGUUCGAAUUGUAAAACCGGUUCGCUAUGUGUUUAUGUAAGUGCUACUGCUAUCAUAGAGGCGAGUGGUUUACGUUUCCUCGUUUUCAACAACUUCAGACGAUGCGUUGGUGCAAACCAGUUCGUUCUACAACUUCAUGAUCGAGCUACAAACACUGAUAUUAAUAGUUGUGGUCGUCAGCGUUGUCUUCAUUGCAGCCAUUACUGCUGCUUUGUGUUGGUUGUAAGUACCAGGAAUAGACUAAUCACACCAACAUUUUUAGAUUACCAAGAAACAUUAUCGUGCCGGAUAUUUCGUCAAGAUCGUCGUUUUACACAGAACUAUAAUUACCAUCGUUCCAUAGCUAUAUGUCCAGAAUUAGCCAAUCAAUGCGGAGUUGAAGAAGAACAGGCAAGACUAACCUCGUCCUGUUCCAUCGUCCUGUUACCGCCAUCCAUCAUGAAUUCUGUUCCUGAUGAUGAAGAGCAACAGAAUGCUAGAAACACAGUUAUUGCGUUAGCCAGUUCUUCAGGUCGUGAAGAGAAUAUUCCAGAAAGAUUGGGCGCGUUAAGGCGUCAUCAAACAAACAAUCUUUCUGGAACAAUUUUUGUUGAGCACAUGACAGAACGUCAGCUACAAUCGGACAGACAAUGUGUACAAAUUUCUCCUCAGCCGAGCUUUCUUGAAGAUGUUAUAGUAUUGGAUGGUACAGAGCCACCACCACCUUAUGAUGACUUGGGAUGAAGGGAACAACAUUCCUGUUUAUGUGAUACACAAAUAAUUUGUAAAUAAUUAGAUGAAGAAAACAUCUAUAGAUUCGAUAUUUGUGUUAAAAAUACAAACUUGUUAGUUUAUAUGUUUAUAUAAAUAUGGAAAAAACUUUAUCUUAGUAAGGAAUGUAAAUCAGUUGUGAUUGCUAGAGUAUUAGUAAAUAAUGUUCGUAGGAACCAGUGUAAUGUGUUAUGUUACAUUAUAUUAUUUCAGUUGUGAUUGAUAGAGUAUUAGUAAAUAAUGUUCGUAGGAACCAGUGUAAUGUGUUAUGUUACUUGAUAUUAUUUCAGCUGUGAUUGCUAGAGUAUUAGUAAAUAAUGUUCGUAGGAACCAGUGUAAUGUGUUAUGUUACAUUAUAUUAUUUCAGUUGUGAUUGAUAGAGUAUUAGUAAAUAAUGUUCGUAGGAACCAGUGUAAUGUGUUAUGUUACUUGAUAUCAUUUCAGCUGUGAUUGAUAGAGCAUUAGUAAAUAAUGUUCGUAGGAACCAGUGUAAUGUGUUAUGUUACUUGAUAUUAUUUCAGCUGUGAUUGAUAGAGCAUUAGUAAAUAAUGUUCGUAGGAACCAGUGUCGUGUGUUAUAUUACUUGAUACUAUUUAAUUGGAGAAUUAAUGCAAUAUUAUUUUAAUAAAAAAGAGAAAUGAUUGCCCAUGAACUUCUAUCAUCACUCUGUAACAAUUCUCAGUCUCCCUGGUGGGACAGUA